GCGCACAAAAGCUCUGGGAAGGCGAAGCCCAGAGCAGUGCGUUCUCUGUCCACAGCUCAACCCAUGUCAACCACUACUCGCUCCCAGAAAGGGGCUACUGAAGAUUAUUUAGUGCCCCUUAUCUGUGUCCCUGCGCCUAAAGGUCCGAUGGUUCUUUCCUUCACUCCAUCUGACGGUAUUCUGGACAUGGCUUGUGUCAGGAUAGAAGGUCAACGAUCAGAGCUGGACAUUUUGGGUCAUGUCCGAAAGAUUCUCAAAGGAGUCUGCUAUGCUAGAGUCCUCCCAGAUCCUAAAGUCAGUCGCUUUUCCUUUGAUUGGGCGUCUGGAAAGCGUACGUGCAAGGCUAGCAUAUACUUCGCCUUCAUGAACAUUCAGCUGACCGAAGAAACGGGCGAGAAGCUUAAGGCUUUGAACCCUUGUUGGAUUCCGAUUGAGCAAUUCACCAUGCCGGUCAAUCACAUUCUCAAGAAGAUCUAUCUGGCAGAGGGCAUCUCAGCCCAAAUAAUAGCAGACUGGUUCAAACAUUCAGCAUUAAGAGAUCACCUCUCCUCUCCCCAGUUUGAGGCUGUGCUUCAGAGCCCAUGGGCUUUGACGCAACUACAAUCCGGGGAGGAAGAGGACGACAAACGCAGGAAACUGCCAGUGGGCUCUCUCCGCCAAAUCCAAGCCAAGGGCGAUAAGGGAGAAGUGUUCCCUUAUGAAGUUGUCAAGUAUGAGAUGAUCGAAAGUGGAUGGGAACAAGAACAAUUUUAUAUUCUGACAUUUCACUUCAUCGAGUUGGACAUGUAUGAUGUGAGGAUCUAUGUUCCCAAAGAGAGAAGUGUUGAUGUUGUGUAUGAGAAAUGUUGGGAAUUUGCUGAGGAAGUUGCGUUGAAAGAAAAAGGGGAGCUUGAGAAGGAAAAUAAGUGCUUCACCGGAUCCACUCAGCUUCUGUCUUUGAGGGAUUUCCAACUCCUCCUCUACCUGGUAUUAGUCUCAGAAUGGAGGCUGCAAAUGGACGCUGCCCCCGAGGCAGAAAAAGCGCAGUACCGAUUCUUCUAUGAGAAAGCAUUGAAGAGGGAAGAGGAAGAGAAGGAGAAGGAAAGGGAAGAAAAGGUGAAGGCUCACGAGGCUGUCUUCAGUACUGUGCCCACCUUAACUAACGGGGAGGUGGAAGAGAAUACCGUUUCACUCAAGGCUUUGAUAGACAUCCGGGCUGCUGAGGACCAUAUAGGCCAAAUCGCAAAGGUGUUCGACGAACUCAAGAAGUUACGCGAGGACAUGGCCCUGAUGGCGCAGCAGCACCGUGACCAGCUGCAACAGUUUGCUAACUUGCAGCCUGCCCAAAAUGUCUUUCCGCCUGCCUACCCUGCUUCUAGUGCUGCGUGUCAGUCCGUUCUUGCCCCUCUAAAUAUGUCUUCUUCUACUUCUUCUUCUUCUUUGAGUGUGACUAACAACCUAUCCGGAUCUGCAGCAGAUCCAGACCCUGUUGUUGUUGUUGCUGCUGCUGCAGCGACAAGUGGCAGUGCAGGGCAUUCUGGAACUGUUGCAGUCGUCGGUCCAAGCUGCAGCUUUCCUUACAUCGAAUCUUGGAUCAACUCCAUGCGAUCCUACUUCGAUGUGUUGGGGACACUCCCAGUUACUCAGUCGUCGGUCCUAGGGACCAAUGUGGAACCCACCGUAAGAGGAUUAUUGGAAAUCCAAGUUGUACAAGCAGGCUAUAAGAGAAUAGACCUGAACAAAUGGCUGAAGGCUACGCCUGUAGCUACACUCAAGGAACUCUUGAUCAAACAGUAUGCUCAUCCACAUGCUGCAGCCAAAGCUAGACUCAAGCUUGAAAAGCUCAAGCACAGCAAGUGGACCGACACCAUGCAUAGUCUGCAGCAGUAUGUUAGUGGGUGCAAGGUCUUCGACAAGAUCGAUCUCAAGUCUGGCUACCACCAGAUUGAAGUCGACCCUGCAGACCAGCACAAAACUGCAUUCAAAACUCGCGACGGGUUGUACGAGUUUACUAUCAUGCCCUUCGGUCUCACGAAUGCACCGGCCACCUUUCAAAGCCUCAUGGACAAGGUGAUCCGCAAUCACAUCAACCGAUUUGUUGUUGUGUAUUUGGAUGACAUACUAAUCUUCAGCAAAUCGAUGGAGGAGCACAUGAGACACCUUGAGGAGGUGUUGCAGAUCCUCAAGGAUGCGCAACUCCAUCUCAACUUGGAGAAAUCUGAGUUUGGGAGGGAGAUCGUCAUCUACCUUGGGCAUCGGUUGUCUGCUGCAGGCCUAGAGCGCGAGGCAACCAAAGUUGAGGUCAUCCGCAACCGACCAAUGAUUCUGCGGGAGGGGAAGGCGGUGUGGCACGACUUACACCAUGGUAGCGCCCGUCCCUUCUGCUCCAGAUAUGUGCGGUCGAUCAGCCAAUCGUUGGUGGGUAGGCAGCGGUGUUCUAUCUGCCAUUGUAGCGAGGCCGUCUUCGCUGGCCUGGACUUUGUGGUGGAGAACCAUCGGAUAGAACGAAUUGCUUCAAUUCCUAUAUUCAGUGAGGAUACUUUGGAGCUUGGCUUGAUAAGCGGGACCCAGGUAGAGGGGUCGACCGUUGGAAGGCUGUGGCGACAACGUGGGAGUUGUGGCAACAACGAAUGUAUGUAUGAUGAUGAGAGCAUGCUAAUGUGGCAUUUUGGCUUAGGUGGCACUGUAUUGCGUUGUGGGUGGUACCGAAGCUAUGACCGGUCAUCGAAAUGCACGUCGGCUCAAUUGGUCCUGUUACUGGGAACAGAAAGAAGGCUGAGGGUCGAAGCAAGGGCCUGUAAUCUUGAGAUUGGCAGGGAAGCAGCAGCAAUUGUCAAGAGGACGUUAGCGGUAGCAGAAGCUAGCGCAGUAGCAAUGGCUACCUCUGCAGCAACAUCUGCAGCAACCUCGUCUGGCUUUACUCUUGGAAUGUUGGACACUAACUCGCAGUCCAUCUCCAGUACGACAGGGUCCGGAACCAGUCAGAUGGCGGGCUCGCAUUUCAACUCGCUGCCUCCACACACCAGGGAGCAGAUGGAGCUCCAGCAAGCAGAGAGGAUCCACUUAAGGCUAGAGAAGGAAUUUAAGAAAGCUACUAAAAGGGAGAAUGAGAUUAGGAAUAGAAGAGUCAGACUUGAGGGAAGAGAGGCAGACAAAGCUGCGUUAGAGGGGUUAGAUGACUCAACGCUUGUCAACACGACAAGGAUUCUCAAGGCGAGCAUCAUGUCCAUGCACGCAUACAUGGACAAUAAACUGGACUCUAUCCACCCUAGACAAGACCCUGAAUGCCAUGCACAGGCUAGGAGUCAGGCCAGCAGUUUUGCCAUCGCUGCCAUUCUUGGCGAUGACAGGCCCGUAUCCGCCUUAGCCUGGUACCAUACCAAGCGGUACUUCAGCAGCAGCAGCACAGACUGUUGCUUCUUCAUCUCCUGGUCCAGCGGCUGGAGCUACACCACAACCGCCACUUGUCCCACCAGCGGGACAACAAUAGCCCUGGUACCCCAAAACCCAUUGAAACCACCCAUGACCUUCUCAGGAGAUAAGAAGGAUGAGGCUCUCGACACUUGGUUGAGAACGGUGCAAGUGUGGGUAAGGGCGGAGAGGACGUUGGUAGAGGAGGAAGUGAUAAUUGUCGCAUCCUAUCUGGAGGGAUUGACAACUCGCUGGUUAAACGGAUUAGUUGCCUCAAAGGGAUUCAGCAGGAACAUGGGUGAUUGGGCUAAGACCCAUUCACUAGAGAGCUUUAUGGAUUUGGCGGAAGCACGAUGGCACAACCCACAACGGGCACAGAUUGCCACUGAUGGGUUGCAGAAACUUGAUGCUAAAAAGUACAAAUCCGUGCAUGAGCUCACCUCUGCCAUAGAGCGUUUGAUUGUCGUUCCCGGGGUACAAUAUAAUCUGCAGGUCUUGUUGACCAUGUUCUUGAGAUGUCUUCCCACAACCAUUAAGAACUUAUUAGUCAGCGAAGCUCGGCUAGAGUAUCACAAUUUUGAGACCUUUAGCAAGAAGGCUUUAGAAUUGGAGGCCACACUAGGAGGUGCUCAACAACUCCCUACGGACGGAAGAAAGAAGAAGCGUCCACAAGAAUGGAAGAAGAAGGGGAUUUGAUUAAUGAUGGUUGAGGCUGAUGGGACUCAAACCGAGAUCAACGAUUUUUCGGACUUAGUGGACGGUACAAAGUUAGACGGCGAGGAUGAUGCUGAGGGUAGCAACCUCGCUGCUGUAGUAAAGGGUAAGGUAGGUGGCCGCGACAAGGGCGGUCAACAGAGGAGUCAUGGGCAAAACUCGAACCCGAACAAAAUAGCGGUUUGGGU